AUGGAAGAAGAAGUGAAAAGUCGAAUAAAGAUACGAUUGGGUCACAUUGGUCCUACAGAAGUUACUAAUAGUAGAGUCAAAAUAUUAAACCAAUUAUUAAUAAUUACUGAUAAUAAUGAUCAUCUUAUCAAUAGGAUAAUCUCUCGAUCGGGAUGUAGCUAUUCAUUUGAAAGUGCGAUUGUAGCUACAGAAAUGUAUUAUAAAGAUGGAAUUCGUGCAUUUAUCGGUCCCUACUGUUCAGUAGAAUUAGAUGUAGUAGCAAAAAUGGCGAGUUUUUGGAAUACACCAUUAAUAUCAUACACAGCAACAAAUGAUCUUGUUGAUAAAAGAGUGUAUCGAACUUUAGCAAGAAUCUCCUCAACUAAUAUCAAUUCAAUUGCUCAAGCUGUCGCUACACUUUUAAUUCAUUAUCAGUGGUUUAAGAUAGCAAUAGCGACAAAUAUAGGAGCCAGUGACCAGGUAUUUACAUUUGAAAAUGUAUUCAAAAAACAAAAAAUAAUUACGCUAAAGAAAAUCAUCUUCGAAGAAAACUCUACUACGGAAGAAAUGCUUACAAGUGGUUUGUUGGAUCAACUUCGUUACAAAGCUAGAAUUGUAAUUUGCUUAUUUGCUCCAAUGCUUGAAAUGAGUAGAAAUUUUAUGGCUGCAACGUUUAGUGUUGAUAUGCAUUCGCAUGAAUUUGUUUAUAUUUUACCAUGGAUUCGAGAAGGCAAAAAAAAUACCUUACCUUGGCUUGGUGAUGCUGGUGAAAUUAUGCAAAAAGUUAAAGAACACUAUGAAAAUGCUAUUUUGGGAUUUAGACUUUUAUUGCCUAUAUCAAAUUUUAAUGAAAUGGCUUACUCGUAUUUACAUGUACAUGAUGCCAUAAUUUUAUAUUCAAACGCUGUAAAAGCAGUUUUAAAUGAAACAAAAAAUCUUUCAACAAUCAACAAUGGACAACUUAUUUGGAAUAAAAUGAGACAUCUUCAGUUCAAUGGUGCGACAGGUCCUGUCAUAAUGGAUGAUUUAGCAGAUCGUGUAUUUAAUUUAGUUGCUUUUUACGUGUCACCACGAAGGAAUGAAAUUCAAAAAAUUAUCAACAUAAGUUCAAAGUUAAGACCAAAUUGUAAUGGAUUGCUCGAUGACUUUGGAUGCUAUGAUUUGAUUUCAACAGACUUAAUAACAGGAUUCUGGCCUAGUGAAGAUGGCUCAAUGCCACCAGAUGAACCAAGUUGCGGUUUUGGUGGUGAGAAAUGUUCGCAUCUACUCAAAAUUAUACUAGGCAUUUCGCUUCUUACCAUUGCUAUAGUUGCUGUGGUUUUUCAUUUUUCUAAACGUUAUUGUGAAUCACGUGCUCUUUAUAAAAUGCCCUGGCGAGUGUACAAAAAUGAUCUCAAAAUAUUAAACGAAGAGGAACUGAAAUCAAUGAUAAGUUUUAUGUCAAUUAAAAGUACUGCUACAAAAUUUAGCGAAGUUAAUAUUGGACAAAAGAAGCAUGCAAUUGUUGGCGUUAACAAUCACACUAUUAUUCAUACUUAUCCACAACGUCGUAAUAUAAAAUUUGGCCGAGAAGACUUACAGCUUUUAUCUCAGAUGAAAGCAGUAGUGCAUGAUAAUUUGAAUACGUUCGUUGGGAUGGUAUUCAAUGAAUGUGAAGAUGUAUAUUUGGUGUGGAAAUUUUGUUCAAGAGGAACGAUUCAAGAUAUUAUUUAUGACCCCAGUAUAAAUUUGCAUAACAAAUUUCACGCCUCAUUUAUUCGCGAUAUCACAUUGGGUUUGGAAUAUUUACAUUCAUCACCAAUUGGUUAUCAUGGAUCGCUAUCACCCUGGGCAUGUUUAAUUGAUCGUAACUGGAUGAUAAAAUUGACUGAUUUUGGUAUUGCAAAUCCAAUUGAACGCUGGACAAAACAAGGAUGGAUUUCCGUAAAUGCACUUACAUCAGACGAUGAUAAAAGUGGACCAACGCAAAAAACGUCAGUACUUUAUUGUGCACCAGAAUUGUUAAAAAAUCGAGAAGUGAAUAGACGUGCAGAAAAAGAUCAAAGUUGGGUCAAACAAUCAAAAGUGAUAAGACAAGCUAGUGAUAUUUAUUCAUUUGGAAUGAUUAUGUAUGAAAUUUUGUACCAGUCAUUACCCUUUCCAGAAAAUACAGAUAUCAAUGAGUUGAUUGAUAUGAUCGCAGAUGGAAGUAAAACAGUUCCACCACGUAUCAUGGAUUCUAAAGAUAUGCAUCCUGACUUAUAUGAACUUCUAGUCGAUUGUUGGUCUGAAAAUAUAGAAAUUAGACCAACAAUACGACGUAUUCGACGAAACACGGAAACAUUGCUCAAAGCGAAAGGGAGCUUGGUAGAUCAAAUGAUGUCACUAAUGGAACAAUAUGCAACUAAUUUAGAAAAACUUGUUGCUGAACGAACAGGAAUGCUUGAAGAAGCAAAUAAUCGCGCAGAUAAAUUAUUGUCACAAUUACUUCCAUCGUAUGUUGCAAAUGAGCUCAAACUUGGACGAUCUGUUCCACCAAAAUUAUUCGACAUGGCAACAGUACUAUUUUCUGAUAUUGUCGGUUUUACAAGCAUCUGUUCAGCUUCCACUCCUUUAGAAGUAGUUACAAUGUUAAACGGCUUGUAUAGAGGAUUUGACGAAUGUAUCAGUCAAAAUGGUGCUUACAAGGUUGAAACCAUUGGUGAUGCUUAUAUGGUUGUUUCUGGAAUUCCCGAAGAAAAUGGCAUUAAGCAUAUACAUUGUAUCGCUGAUGUGGCAUUAGCUAUGAGAAAUUAUCUACAAGAUUAUCAUGUACCACAUCGUACGGACAAGUUACAAUGUCGAUGGGGUUUUCAUACAGGCCCAGUAGCAGCCGGAGUUGUUGGACUUACAGCUCCACGUUACUGUUUGUUUGGUGAUACGGUUAACGAGGCAUCUCGAAUGGAAAGUACUGGUCUCCCAGGUAAAAUACAAAUUAGCACGGAAGCUCGAGAACUACUAGCGGCUAAUUUCCCAAAUUAUAUAUAUAAAGAAAGAGGAAAAGUAGAAAUAAAGGUAUUUUAUAUCUUGAAGUUGUCAAGUACAACUCUGACUAAAAUAAAAUAUGCAUACUUUUAA